AUGGCAAAGAUCCCCUAUGCGGCACCUAAUGACCCAAAAGGAAUCGAUUGGUUUAUCAGGUGCACCCAGAAGAUGGUUCAGGUUCGCCAGUUGCUUUAUGAAGGAAUAGGCUUGUGCGACGACGAGGAGAAAGUUGGGAGCGCAGUUGUUGAAAAACUCAGAAGGGGUGCAUGGCAGUUGAUCGGAAGGGAGUGGCAGGAGAAAGAGAGUGAUGCGUUCGACGACGAAACCAUAAUCUUAAGAGAAGAACAAGAAGGAAAUUGGGUAAUGGUGAAGCAAUGCAGAGGUCGAGGAGAUGAAUAUUCCCCCUGCCCCGAAACUGGUGAAAGUUCGUCGCCCCCUCCUGGACUCCGUGAUUGUUCCGCUUCGGUGCUCGAGAAUUCCGCCGAACAACGCGUUCCUACAAGAACACACAUGAUGAAACCGUUCUUCGAAUCAUUGCUUCACGCCUCCGCUUGCCUGCAAUAUGCGAUAGAUCAGUAUGCUUACUCAUUGUACGGCAUUUACACCAAAUUUCAAGUGGCCUUAGAGGAAGAGUUGAAACUGGAAAUAUUCGAAGCCAUUACUACCAAGUUUCCUCGUUGGAACGGUGCCAACGGUAACAACGGACCUAGCGGAGCAGAAACAAAAGGAGCCGUACCAGAGUGGGGAGAGAGAUUAAUCGCGGAGGUCGAAAAGGCGAUCGAGGGUGGCCAACUAAUAUUUAGACAAAGGGAAAGGGCGACUGUGUUGGCUAACGGACGUUAG